AUGUCACAGUUUCGCGAUACCUUUACUAAGGAUAGUAAAAAAGAGCCAUUAUUAAGCUAUGAUGACUCAGCAUUUAUUUUUUUUGCUGGAACUGUUUUAAUUUGCGUAUUAAUUCCAUGUACAUAUAUUUUUAUAAAAUCACUAUUUAAUAAAAUUUUCAACAAUGAUAGUUACAAUUUAAAAAAAUCUAAGCACAACAGUGUGUACAGGUCAUGUACUUGUUCAUUAUGUAAGGAAAAAUUAGAUAAGAGAAAUAAAAGCACAACACUAUGGGAAAAGUUGGGAUGUAUAAGGAUAAUUCAGUUUGUUGUUUUGGUACUAUUUUGGAUAUUGUUAUUUAUCCUCGUACAGCAGAUGCUGAGUACGAAACCUAUGCAGACAUUUGAUCCAUUUGAAAUAUUAGAAGUAAAUGCAGGUGCAACUGUAGGAGAAAUUAAAAAAGCUUAUAGACUUAAAUCAUUGAAAUAUCAUCCAGAUAAAAACCCGAAUGAUACAUCUGCUGCUGCCAAAUUUAUUUUAAUAACAAAAGCUUAUCAAGCAUUGACUGAUGAAAUAUCAAAGGAAAACUAUGAAAAAUAUGGGAAUCCAGAUGGACCAGGCAUGAUGAAAGUAGGAAUUGGUUUGCCCAAAUUAUUGAUAGAUGAGAAAUAUCAAUUAUUAAUUUUAUCUAUAUUUUUUUUAGUAUUUCUUGUAUUUAUUCCAGCAAUAUUUAUUAUAUAUUAUCAAAAGCAAAAACAAUAUGGCCCCAAUGGAGUGAAAAUAGAAACACUACAAUAUUUAACAUAUACAAUAAAUGAAAAUAGUAGGGCAAAGGCAUAUCCAGAAAUGUUAGCAGCUACAGCCGAAAGUAGGGAUAUAGAAUAUAGAGAGGAGGAUGAAAAAUAUGUUAAUAAAAUGAUUGAUGAAUUAAUUGAGCCCAAAAAAAGAACUUUUAAAGUACCUAUUAUUACGAAAAAUUAUUUUUUAAUCUUAGCACAUAUGCAAAGAAGACAUGAUUUAUUAUCAGAUGAAUUAAAGGAGGAUUUGAAAAAAAUUUUAGAAUUUUCUUUACUAAUAACACAUAGUAUGAUAGAAAUUAGUAUUUUAAGAGAUUGGUUUUUGACAGCUCAAGCAGCUUUAACAUUUAGAAGAUGUUUAAUACAAGCUUUUGAUAUAAGAAGUUCAAGUUUACUGCAAAUUCCCCAUUUUGAUGAAAACAUAAUUAAACAUGUUCAUAAAGGAAAAUUCGCUGUAAAAGAUAUACUAGAUUUUGUUCAUCAAAAUCACGAAACAAGAAAAGGAUUAGCUGAUAUGACAGAUGAUCAAAUUUUGGAUGUUAAAUCAUUUUGCAAUAUUGUUCCAGAUACUAAAAUGACGGCUGAAAUAUUAGUAGAAGAUGAAACGCAUAUUGUCAAAGGGGAUGUUGCAUCUAUUUAUGUACAUAUUGAUAGAACCAAUUUACAUGAAAAUGAAGCCGCUGGAUAUAUCCAUGCCCCUUUUUUUCCGCAACCGAAAUUUGAAGAAUGGUGGAUUAUUGCAACAUAUAAGGGUGAUGAUCGUAUUUUAAAAUAUGUACAUGUAAAAAACUGUGAAAAAAAAAUUGAAGAAAAAUUACAAUUUAUGGUAGAUAGAGUAGGCAAUUUAUGUGUGUCUAUUUAUAUCCUAAGUGAUUGCUACUUUGGAUGUGAUAAGAAACUUGAUAUACCAUUCAGAGCUUACUCACAAACUGAAAUAAAGAGAGAAAUAUUUGUUCACCCUGAAGACAUUGAAUUGGACAAUGAGCCUACCUUAUUUCAACAAAUGCUUGGGGAUAUAGGAAGGAGAGACGACAGUAGUGAUGAGGAGGAAGCUAGUGGAGGGAAUGAGGCAAACAAAAGAAGUACUGCUGAUCGUGGUACUUCUGCAAGCGCAGGCAACAACAACAGCGGCAGCAGUAACAACAACAAUAACAACAAUCAUAGUAAUAAUAAUAAUAAUAACAGUGCCAACCAAGGUAAUAACAACGCUAACACUGGUGCAAAACUUCCCCCAUCACAAAGAAACAUAUCAAAUGAUCACGAACAGUACGUGCCCGAAGAUGACUCAAACGAAGAUUCGGAUGAUGAUUAA